CUCCAAAGCAAACAUUUCACAAAGGAAGUGCUGCCCCUGAAGAAAAGCUUGCAGUAAUGUCCUACUUUCUCUCAAGUCCGCAUUUGCGAUCUCUCGCAGCCUCCACACUUCCCAGUCCCAGACUCGUAAAAUGCUACCUGUUUUGUGAUGGAUUCGCCAUCAUGGACGGGCUUCCGUUAGAGAUUCUCGUUCUAAUCAUUGACCACUUUCAUGAUCAGCUUCCAGUAUUCCAUAACCUUCACCGCCAGGCCCUAGUUCGCCAGCUCUGCAAGCGACAAAGCCAUCUGUUCCGACUGCGUUGGACAUGCCGUACUUUCCGACAUAUCCUCAAUCCACAUCUACUGCAGACCGUUUACGUCUCGUUUCAGCCGGAUAAUGCUACUAAACUCCGCAACUUCGAAAGUUGCUUGACGGGACUUCCAAAAGAGGAGGUGAGGAUGAUACAGGAGGUUAUCUUGCUGUCCAAAUGCAGCCACGCCGACCCCUACAGCGCCCCUCGGAACCGGCAAUGGCGCCAUCUCUUUGAGCAUCGUCGCGGUUGGACCAUACCACGCGAUUUCCACCUGACUGGGCUUCUGAACCAACUUCCCUCGCUAAGACGACUAGGGUUCAUUGGCUGCGAUAUCGCUCAGAUGCUGAGGCAUCUGAGCAUGUCGACAAAAGUAGCAGAGAUCAAGAACGACAAGGGCCUUGAAAGCCUACGGCAGAUCAAUACGACCUGUAUCAAUGCGUUCUCUCCUAGCGGCGCCGUGGAAAGGGAUCUCCUGUCCGGGGUGGCUGGGAUGCUGCAAUGGAUGGAUGACUAUACGUGGGGCAAGCAGGAUGUCCUGUUUCUAAGGCUGUCCGAUUAUGACAACAAACCGGAUGAUUGUAGGCCUGAUACAAGUCCUGAGGACGUUUGUUGGUAUGACUGUGGCGAAGAUAUCAGGGUGGCGGAGUGGUUUGUCCUUCGCGGCAAGUUUCCCCCUCUUGCAACUGAGAUUACGCCGAGGGCGAUCAUCAGUUACUUCGAGAGCUACUACCAGUCGAAUGACAGUCCAGGCAAACGACGAAAGAGGUUGACGCCGUUUAUCGCUGUCAGGCAGCCGUGGCGCUCCGCAUCCAGCUCGGAGUCGGAGCAUGCUGUACCACAUCAGUUGCUCGAGUGGCUAGCUACGCCUCAGGCGAAGACCUCGAUAAGCUUUCCCCUCUUACAUCCAGGAGUGGAGGCAAAAGGGCAUCCAUAUUUCGGAGAGUCUCCACGCCGCAGAUUCAUCGCCACUGGCAAGCGCGACAAAUCGUGAAGUAUUGUCUCCAGCGAGGUAGACAGAACUUUGAGCAUAUUUACCACGGCAUAUGAAACCUUCGGAAAAGCGGCACAAGGCGUUUCGUGACUGGGCAACGGAAAAGAGACCUUUACAUCCUGAUGGAAACAACUAUUCGGCGUGGCGGCCUAGGUCCAUCUAGC